UUGCCCAUUUUUUGUUUUUUUCUUUUCCCUUCACAAAAUUUCACUCUCUUUUUAACUCGUUAUUCCCUUUUACGUUCAGCAAAAGUUGGCAUCUUUUUCUGUGCACACGCACAUAUCUCAAAACAGUAAGCAAGAAAUUCCCUCUCUUCUCUUCUCUUCUCUUCUGGGUAAGUCUCAGUCAAUACUCUAUCUUUUCAGUUUUGUCAUAAUUUCUCGUUUGGUUUAUUUUCAUGAUUUGGGUUAUAUCCUUGUGAAUUUCACUGCCAUAUUUAGUUGAAAAGGUUUCACCUUUUUUGCCCCUUUAUUUAUACUGGUUGAUUGGGGAGUGGACUGCUUUUCCAAUUUGUUUUUUCUCCUUUUAUACCUUGCUAGUUGUUUCUUUUCAAUUUGAGCUGUAAUUCUUCAAGUUUUGCAUGGUUAAGCAUUGUAUGUGAUCUGGGUUGCUUCUUCUUUUAUGAAUUUCAUCCGUAAAGGAUGAUUUUUUUUUCCUCCAAUCUGGGUUUGACAGAUUGGGUGUAUAGUGUUUGAACUGGAUGGUUAGUUUUGAUAGAGACUGUCCAUCUGCCUGUUCUUGGCUUUUAGGAGCUAAUUGUUGUUUUGAGCAUUUCAAGCAUCAAUGCCUUGUUUGUUUGGACUAAUUUAUAAUGUGAUUUUGUUUGAUUAGUUGUGAGAAGGGAAUGAUUUCGUAAUCGAUUAAGCACUGUUUUUGUUGAUGAUGUACCUAAUAUUGUUGAUUUGAUCAUACUCUCCUUGGUGAUGAAAUUAUCCUUACAAAUCAAGGAAAUACAGUAUGCUGAUUAGGGCUGGAUUUGUUUGUGCAAUCUUUGAUGGAUUUUAAAAGCAGAAUGGAAUCUAAAUAUGUGCAAGUUUAUGCACACAAGACUGCAUAUCUCCAAUUCUUGAAUUUAAAAUUUUUCUUCUAGUUGGCCUUUCUCUGCACAUCUAUGCUAACAUAUGAACCGCAAAAAAUCUUAGUUUUAUCCAAAUAAUAAGGUUUAUUCCUUUAUAGAAAUUGACAUUUGUCACACAUGAAGAUGAUUGACUUAUUUUUUCUUUGUAAACUGUCACGACAAUUAUGGGAGCUAGUAAAAUUUCAUUUUCAUGUAGGUAGAUCAGGGUUCUGACGUCCCAAAUACUUUGAAGUAGAAAGAGAGCCAUAGCUGUUUGUAUAAUUGGUUCCCUUCUUCUGCAUCUAUACUCUGGGAAUUUGCCAUUGCAUGUUGUGUGUAUCUUUUAGUACUGCUACAGAUGGCUUCAUUUACAGCUUUUACUGAAUACUUUUCAGCCAAUCUUAAUUGUCUUGAGAGAUAGUGAAGGACGCUGGCUCGCAUGUCUGUCGUGAAUUGGUUGCAGCCUUUGAUGUACUCUCUUGUGCUCAUUGAUGUUUCAAGAUAAUUUGAAGUUGACGUGAUAGCUUCCCAAUUUUUCGAACCACUAGUAACAGCCUGUGAGGUAGUGCUAAUUGAAUCAUGCAGUUUUAUCACCAUCCUUACUCUCUGGAUAGCCAGAAGGUGAGACUCGCUUUGGAAGAGAAGGGCAUAGACUACACGUCGCAUCAUGUCAAUCCAAUAACAGGAAAGAAUAUGGAUGCUUCAUUCUUCAGGAAAAAUCCAAGUGGAAAGCUCCCCGUUUUCCAGAAUGGCUCCCACAUCAUUUUUGACACUAUUGAGAUGAUCCAGUACAUUGAAAGAAUUGCAGUUGUCUCAGCAGGUGCUGAUGAGAAUUCCUUUAGUAGCAGAGAAGUUAUUGAAUGGAUGCAGAAGAUACAAGAAUGGAACCCCAAGUUUUUCACGCUUGCUCACGUCCCUGAGAAAUAUCGUCUCACCAUUUCAAAAUUCAUAAGGCGUGUGGUGAUUGCUCGAAUGGCUGAAUCCCCUGAUCUAGCAAGUGCUUACCACCGUAAGCUAAAAGAAGCUUACGAAACUGAAGACAAGUUGAAAAAUCCUGAAGUUGUGAAACGAAGCAAAGAACACCUCGUUCAACUUCUCGAGGAGGUCGAAACCAAGUUGAGUGAAACAUCAUAUUUAGGAGGGGAAGAGUUCUCAAUGGCAGACGCAAUGCUGAUCCCCGUGCUGGCUCGCUUGGUACUCUUGAAUUUGGAAGAUGAGUAUAUAAGUAGCAGGCCAAAUAUUGCUGAGUACUGGAUUUUGGUGCAGCAGAGGCCUAGCUAUAGAAAGGUGAUUGGGAGGUAUUUCAAUGGCUGGAGAAGAUAUAAAACACUAAUAAAAACCUGGUCGUUUGUUCGUAUCCGAAGUCUGUUGAGGAAAUUCUGAUGAAAAGUACCAACUCUGUGAAUCAGUAAGUUUUUUUGUACCGAGUUUCGAAUAUUUUAUUAACAUAAUGGCAACUUUGUGACGAACAGAAGAAGCACUAAGGUUGAAUAUGUACUGUGGCAGUGGACAGAGCAUUUGUAAAGAAUAAUGCAUCACUGGAAUUUUUAUGAGAUAGCGAAUGAAAGAUGAUGCCAACCCGAACAAGCGGGGGAUAUAUCUACUUGGUCGGCUAACAUCAUGCAAUAUAAAAGCAUACGCCAUGAUAUACCCAUAACAAAAAUUAGUUUAUAUUGAUGAAGAACUCCCAGUUAGGAUAUGAUGAGUUGGUUGUGCAACGACAAUCAAAACAAGAAAAAUGGGCAGGUGGAGUGCUAGCUGUAAGAUGAUAAAAUACCCCACAUCACAAUCACGUUUGUCUGUGAGAAAAGGGAACUUUCAGUCUACACAACCAGAAUUAGAGGAAAAUGAACGUAUGCAUUAGCCACAUUUACACAAAUAUAUGCAUCAGCCACAUUUACACAAAUCUAUGUAUUCAUCUGCUAAAUAAAUAUUGCAUCGCAUAUGAGUAAAAUGUGCAAGGUCAUGCAUUGUUUGCUGCGAGUAGUUGGUAGUCCUCUGUGGAGGAGAAUGAGUUUUGCACCAAUGCCAAUGCACCAGUGAGCAUUUUCAUCAUGUAUUUGCACUUUAUCCUGUAAUUACAAAACGUUAUCUUCA